AUGCCUGUGAACUGUCCCUCAUAUGAAGUGUCUCCCAGACAUUUGAACGCUUGCCAACCAAGAGCCUCCUGGCGACCCUUAGGUGCCUCUGGCGGAUGCUGGCCUACUAGUGUUUGCUCCUGCAGAAUGCCAUCCCCUCUGCAUUCCUUGCUGCUCCUGCUGUUGCUGCUCGCAGCAGGAGCAGGAGCAGCAACAGCAGCAGCAACACCAGCAGCAGCAGCCGCACCCGGAGCGGUCCAUACACCUGCCCACGAGCACGCAUGCUCGGUGAGCAGCUCACUUGAGGAAGAACUCUCGCGCCUUUUGAACCCCAAGACGCCAAGACUGCAAACGACAGCGGCACGAGUCACGGGUGCUGCAGCAGCCUCGGAAGCAGCCGGGCCUGUAGCUGCCACAGACACACCACUAGACGAUGAAGCAAAUGAAAGAGGUAGCCUUUCAACAGCAGCUCGCGCCGAAACUGACACUGCAGGAGCCCUUGUUUCUGAACAUCCUGCAGCAGCCCGCAUGGCUGAAAACACGCAAGCACCAGCGAUCUCUUGGGCUAUGCAGCAAGCCUCCUCGACAAACGCUCGUACGUUAGCCAGAAAGCCCACCUCGGUGAAAAUUGACGCCUACGCUUGUGGGCAUUCAGACGUUGACAAAAGUGCUCCCGCCUUUCUUAAUUGCAUGUGCUCUCCUGGUGUGUGCAGCUCAGCUUUGGUGCUUUACGCUCCCCAGGAGUGCGAGCAGAAUACUUCAAGUAGUGCCGCUGUAUUUUCAGCAGUCACGCGGGCCUUUAAACGGCUCUCUCUGUUGCAUCCCGCAGUUGUAUUUGCCAAGAAACUUGGGCAGGAAGGGGCACCGUUAGACACUUCAGAAGCAUCAGGAGAGGCAGAGGCAUCACGGGUUGAGGGGGAGGAAACCAAGGCGUUCUUUUUUUCUGAAAACGCAACGGAAGAAGAUGUCAAGCUGCAAAUCCUAAAGUCAGCACGAAGCUCCUCCCCCCUACAGGGAUAUUGUGUAGAAUGUGUCUCGACUUUUGCUGCAGCUACCGAUGUGAAGCCCGUUCCCCCUGCAAUUCAGAAAGCGGCGAGUCAACUGCCUAUUAUUGACAUUGCAGAUCCUUCAUGGGCCUCCUUACUCAACAUAUUCACUGAAUCACGCCCCGUGGCAUUUUUCUUUGGCGGAUCGGAGCCUGCAAUUGUCGAGGACUUCGCGUUCGCAGAGGCAGCCGCCUCAUGGGGGGGAUCCGUCACAUUUUGCAGCUCCCCGCGCCCCUCGUCGCUGCAGAGCCGAGCCAUUGACUACAUUGGAAUUCGAGAAAAACGGCUUCCACAGGUUCUGAUUGUCAGUGAUAUCGACGACCCUAAAAAGACCACGAAGUACAUCUGCCCGAAUAUUUCUACCAAGCAGGCGAUCACCGAAUGCCUCAACGCAUUCAAAGAAGGAAGGCUUCAACCCUACUAUAAGUCAGCGGAACCACCAAAGAUCCAAAGAGGACCCGUAUACGAGUUGGUGUCAUCUCAGUUCAAGGCAGUAGUAACCAGUUCCCCUCAGGAGGUUUUGCUGCUCCUCUAUUCUCCUAACUGCCCUCACAGCGCAACCUUCAUGCCCAUCUUUGAGGAGCUAGCCAUUCGAGUAGCACACGAGGAGUCGCUGCUGCUCGCGCGGAUGGACGGCACAAAAAAUGAAGUUGCAGGCUUAAAUGUCGCCGCUCAGACCCCAGAAAAAGAGGGCGAAGAACAGUACGGAGUGUACAUGCAUCCAACUCCAUCCAUGCCGACACACCCACAACUUUGCCACUGCUCACGCGCCUAUGCUGCGGCCACUGAGAGUAGCAUGCCUUUUCCGGCAUCUGCAGUAGCAGGAUCAGGAGGAACAGCACAAACUGUCGUGUUGUGA